UACACCUGACAUCUCUAUAGUAAAUAGUAAUCACUAGUUACUACUCAGUAUUCAACUUUCUAGGUUAUAAAAAUAACAAAAUAAUAUUGUUUUUAUCUAACGAAGAUAUAAUUCUUUAAACAUCGGGUUCAUUUAACGGUUUGUGAUAAAUAUUAUGAAAAUGGCUGGUUUAGAGUCCAUGAUUGUCGAAGAGGUUAAACCUACAGAGAAACCGGUUGAUCGGGAAAAGACUUGCCCACUUCUGCUCCGAGUAUUCUGUUCCACCGGCAGACACAAUUCUCCAGGAGACUAUGCACGAGGCAACGUACCACAGAACGAGUUACAAAUUUACACGUGGAUGGAUGCUACACUACGAGAACUGACUGGCCUUGUUAAGGAAGUCAACCCUGAAACUAGGCGUAAAGGAACAUACUUUGAUUUCGCAAUAGUGUACCCUGAUAUGCGAUCUCCGACCUACAGAAUGAGAGAAAUAGGUGUUACCUGCUCAGGACAGAGAGGCGGCGAUGACAAUAAGACAUUGGGUCAAGUCAAAUUUCAAAUUGGAAAUUAUUUGGAUAUUUCAAUAACUCCACCUAAUAGAAUGCCACCACCAAUGAGACGUCCCCAACCAUAUAUGAAUAAUCGUCAAUAUUGAUUAAAGUAGCGUCUUUAUAAUUUUGAUAUGUUAUAACAGAUGGCUAGUUAAAUUACAUUUUUAAGUCCCUGUUUCACAAUAUUCAAAUAAAUGUUAUAUGCCAAUUAACCUAAAUAAGGCAGUUAAUGCUGAAUGUGCAUUAAAAAAAUUAAAAAUUUAAAAAAUUAUUGUGUAUUGUGUUUACUCACAAAUUGUGAAACAGGCCUUAUAGUCCAUUGAAAAGUUACAUUUGGGGUUGCAUUUUUUAGAGGGACGCAAUUUUAUUUUUUUGAAGUGUAGGGG